AUGGUGAAUAGAAACCAAAAUGCUGAUGAUAUCAUAUGGCAAGUUCGACAUGACGAUGUGGCAGCAGAUAAUAAUCUAGCAGUUAUAGUCGAAAGAAUUAUGGUUCAAAAUGGGGUAAAUUUCGGUCUUAGAAGGCCAAAUUAUACGUCACCUUUGUCAGAGUAUAUCUUGCAGGCAGAAGCACCCUUUAGAACCAAAAUCCCUAAAUUCACUAAGUUUUAUGGGUAUACCACUGAGUCCACUGUCGAACACGUGGCUAGAUAUUUAAUUGAGGUUGGAGAUAUGUCAAACAAUGAGAGCCUUAGGAUAAUUUUUUUUCCAAGUUCUCUCACAGAGAAUGCUUUCACAUGGUUCACCACCUUGCCCCAGAGUUCGAUCCACACUUGGAACCAACUAGAAAGAAUGUUCCAUGAACAGUUUUACAUGGGGCAAACGAAGAUAAGUCUGAAGGAAUUGGCUAGUAUCAAGCAAAAGUUCACCGAGCCAAUUGAUGACUAUCUAAAUAGGUUUCGAUUACUCAAAGCUAGGGAUCUUGUGCAAAAUGCCAUCCAGGAAGGAAGACUCAAGUUCGGAGACAAAACACGGAGCCAAAUGAAAAUCGACUCUGAUCCUCUACAAGUAGUUGAGGCCCAUUAUACUAAACUAGAAGAAGUGAACCUUAUUGAAGUCGCUGAAGAUUUCAACAUGACUGAAGUCACCGAGGACUUCGUCAAUAGACCUGUUUUGGCGAAGCUUCAUGAAUACUUCGAGCAUGCGCCUCUUGAUGAUUUCGCUCAAAAGGCUGCAGGAGAUAUCACCAACAAAAAUGAUGAUGCCUCCAAUGCUGAGGAUGCUGAGAGUUCAAAGCUAAUGAUGAUCACCAAAGAAACCGCUGAUGGUUUCGUCUAG